CGUGUAGAAAGUGUAAUAAGUGCUGCUAAGAAGAACAGAUCUUGGAUCAUCUGAUCGCAUCUGAUGCCGAGAUGCGGACGAUUGGAUUCCUUUCAAGUUAGCGAAUCAUAAGUUGGAAUCGAUUGGAGCAAACGAUCGAAUCAUCACAUAAAUAAAUAAAAGACCGUUGAAAACCAUAUGACGUCCGCCACGAUGAUCGACCGUGUUAGUCGCCUCAUUUCCCAAACAUGCAAGCGAAGUAGAAGAAUCUGCGGUCACCAGCGGUUGGCACAUCAUAUAGUUACAGUUAGACACAACUCCACCCGGGUUGGCGGCAACAUUCUGGAACGCCUGAACGACAGAAGCGUGCUGCGUGUGAGCGGUAACGAAGCUUCCGCCUUUCUUCAGGGUCUGAUCACGAAUGACAUGAAGCACCUCGAUGAUGGGGCGCCCAACAUGUACACUCUAUUCUUGAACAUCCGAGGCCGAGUGAUGUGCGACGCUAUCGUGUACAAGGGCGAGAAGAGUGAGCUAUACUAUGUGGAGUGCGAUUCGCAGAUCGUCGAUUCUCUACAGAGGCACUUGAAAAUGUAUCGCGUAAGGCGAAAGAUAGAUAUAGAACACGAAGGAGACAGGCUCAACGUUUGGUCGAUGUUCGGUUCCAUCGAACGUCUCAACAACGGAGUCGCGACGAGCGAGACAGGUAGGAACAAGCUAGAGGGAAUGAUAUUCCCCUGCGGCACGCUGAACAGCAAAGCCAGCAAGUUCGUCGACAACGUUAUGAUUUACGAGGAUCCCAGAUUGCCCGAUUUAGGCCUUAGGAUUCUUGCCGAGUCGAAAAUCGGCAGGCACGAGAUAAUCAAGCAUUUGGACGCCGAUGUACCCUCAUCGGAGAGUCUCGGGGAUUACAGGGCGUUUCGGUAUAAACUGGGAGUAGGGGAAGGCACACACGAUUUACCGCCUGGGAAAGCAUUGCCUCUGGAGAUCAAUUGCGAUUACCUGCACGGCGUCAGUUUUCACAAAGGCUGUUACAUCGGCCAGGAAUUGACUGCACGCACGUAUCACACGGGUGUAGUCAGGAAGCGUUUGAUGCCCCUGUUAUUUGAUAAUGUCGUAGACAAGACACUCGCGUAUGAUGAAAAAAUUGUCAACGAGUCUGGUAAUGCGGUAGGAAAGUUCCGAGGAUGCGUCGCUAGGAUGGAGAAUCUCGCUAGUACGUCAACAGGCGAAUUUAAUACCGACGAGCGGACACAACAGGAUAUCUCUACGAAUAAAGGGACAGCGACGACAGACGUGGGCGGCACUUUCACAUGUUCCUUUUGCCCUUUAGAGGAGCACUACGAUUACAAAGGCGCGAAACCGCCAUUCGCUCGGCAUUUAGUUUAUUUGGAAGAGUGUUAUAUUAUGAAAGAUCCCUUCAGCUUGCCGAAAAGAGGCGAGGUCCUGAUCCUGGGUGCCGAUUGCAGCGCGUGCGGACAGGCCGUGUGCCUGGGAUGCAGCAUAUUUUACAAGAGACGCUUCUGUCCAAAGUGCGCGUCCAAUAAUAUGCAGUACUUACCGCCCCAGCUACACGAUAAAAUUAGGAAUUUAAUAAAGCGAACGGAGUCUUAAUAAUAAAAUGUAAAUUUCUUAUCAAGUAUUAUUUAUUAAAAAGAGACAAGUUACAUUAUAACGCUAUAAAGAAAAAUAUAUUUAUAUACAUGCUGUGUGAAGGUA